AUGGAAGAGGAGCCGCACAAAACGGGUGUACGUGAAAGGCGUGGACCAAAUGGGGACGAGAUUUGGGAAGUGGGGGUGGAAGGGAAUCUCAUGAUUCGCGUUGCACGGCUGGAUCUGAAGGGAUGGGGGAGGAUACGCUACUUUAAGACAUUUUAUGGACCACUGUUAAAGAGGACCACUGAUUCAAGGACUACACUCUCAAACUCCGUUAACCUUUGUCUGUGGGGGACCAAUUCUGGCGACAUUGACUUUUCUGGUAGCCACUUAACAUGGGACCUGGCGGACCAGGGGGUCCUGGGCCUGGGGGUGGGGGUGGGCCUGGUGGCCCUGGUUGGGGCCCAGGCCCUGGUGGCCCUGGAUGGGGUCCUGGCCCUGGUGGACCUGGUUGGGGUCCGGGCCCUGGUGGCCCCGGUUGGGGUCCGGGCCCUGGUGGCCCUGGUUGGGGUCCUGGAGGACCGGGCUUCUUUGGGCCUGGUGGGUUUUUUGGUGGGUGUGCUGAUGGUAUAUGCGGCCUUUUAUCUUCAUGCUUCUACUGCUUGUGCUGUUGUUGGUUGUUCCAAGAUUGUUUCUUCGGGCGACGCGGCCCAGGCCCAGGCAUGCCGCCUCCAUAUUGACAAGAAGCCCACGAAUUUGUCGAGCUAUGUAACUGCACGCGCUCACUCACAGCGCAGAGCCAAACAAAGAUUCAGAUUUGAGAGUGUUUUUGGUGGAAUAACGUGGAGAAGAACAAUGAAGAAGGAGAAUAUGGCUGAGAACAUGAAGAAUCAACCUUCACUGUGGUGGUGGCUUGAUAGCCACAUUACUACUAAUCGAUCCCCAUGGCUUCAAUCCACUCUCUCUGAGCUAAAUGAGAAGACAAGGGCAAUGCUAAAGUUGAUUGAAGAAGAUGCAGAUUCCUUUGCCAAACGUGCAGAGAUGUAUUACAAGAAGCGACCAGAGCUUGUGAGCAUGGUUGAGGAUUUAUACAGGACACACCGCUCCUUAGCUGAGCGCUAUGAUCAAGUCAAACCUGAUACUACUGGAAUUGGACACAUCGUUACUGGGGGGUCACCUUUUGCCGCAGCCAAGUAUCAGAUAGAGAAGUUGAUGACUUUUUCAGAUACUGGAUACGACACCUAUUCUGAGCAUUGUGAUGUGUACGAGUCUGAGGAAUCUGAAGUUGAUGAUCCUGAGCAGGAGGAUGAAGAAGAGGAAGAGGGGACCGACUUUCUUCACAAUUGCACACAAAAGGAGCAAGCUUCAUUAUUGGUUGUGAGUGAUGAAGUGAUGAAGCUUAGGGAUGAAGUCAGGAGACUCAAUGAAGAGAACAAGGAUCAUAGGGAUCAAAUCAAGGAGAAGAAUACCAUCUGUGAUGAAGUGAUGAUGUUGAGGGAAGAAAUAGAAAGGCUUAGAGAUGAGAAUGAGACACAGAAGGAACAACUCAAACAGAAGGAUGAAGCGAAGAUAGAGGUGAUAAGACAAUUGAGCUUAGCAAUAGAUGUUCUGAAGCAAGAGAAUGUGAAGAUGAGAAACUUCAUUGCUAAGGAGUCUACCAACAAAUGGAAGAAACCAUUUGAUGAGAUCAACAAACUUGUGGGAGAAUUUUCGAUGAAAUUGUUCAAUGGUGCUCCGAAGAAUCAGCCCAGCGUUGAGCUCUCCAGAUGUGGUUUAAAAAGUUUUGCAAAUAAUUGA